AUGAUUUGUCGAUGGUUAUUUAGACUGCAGAUCUUUGGUCUAUUCUUCUUCUUCAGGUAUCUCUGUAACGGUGCAGAAUGGUCUUAUUCUGAUCCAAAUAAUGGACCAGAUAGAUGGUCUCAAAUUCCUCAUUCAAUGUGUUCUGGGACUUAUCAAUCACCUAUUGCAUUGUCAAGAGCAUCAUCUGUAUUCAGUCCUGAAUUGAAAACGAUACAAAUUUAUCGAUCAGGGUCAACAAAAACACAAAAUCAAAUUGUCAACUCUGGUCAUUCAAUUGUCAUCCAAUUUCCAAACGAUACAUGGUUUGUAUCAUUCGAUGGUAUGUUUGACAAGAAGUACGAAGUUGCACAAAUGCAUUUUCAUUGGGGUAAAGAUGAUGAACGUGGCAGUGAACAUACGAUUGAUGGGAGAACAUAUCCUUUAGAGGGUCACAUUGUACUAUUUAGACGGCAAAUAUAUCCUAAUAUCAAAGCAGCAGAAAGUGCAGUCGGUGGAUUGGCUGUACUCGGGAUAAUGCAUUCAGUUGUUGACACUCAAAACUAUAAUGAAACAAUUUUUAGCUUAUAUCAAGACUUUGGUGGUACAUUAAAUCCAAACUUUGCACUGAAACAAUCAUAUACAAUUGAUGAAUUUGAUUUAGCAAAAGUGUUAACCUUCUUAAAUCCAAAUCGUUAUUAUCGAUAUCCUGGUUCAUUGACAACACCACCAUGUACAGAAAAUGUCUUGUGGACAGUGUUCACUGAUCCAGUACCAGUAACACGUGUACAAGUGAAUCAACUUCGUGGUCUACCAAGUCCAUCGACUGAGAAACACACUAGUUUGUAUGAUAAUUUUCGUCCAUUACAACCAUUAAACCCAGAAGGUCAACUUAUACCACGAGUUGUGUAUCGCGCAGCCGCAUCAAGUCUUCCUAUACAAUCGUUAACAUCAAUUCUAUGCAUCAUAGCAGUUACACAAUUCAGCUUAAGAUUUUAA